AUGGAUGCAGGAUAUGACAAGUGGAAUGUGAAAAUAUUCUUCCUGUUGAAGCAAAGGAAUGCAAGCAUAUUUUAUAUUCUUUCUUAUUUUAAUGCCAUUUUAUUUUUCAUUUUGCUGUCAUUUUUUCUUUCUUUCAUUUUAUUUUCUUUCUUUUCCUUCUCACUUUUUUAUUUUAGUGCCAUUUUUUCUUUGUUCUCUUUAAGUCAUUUUUUCUUUAUUUGUUUCUUAUUAAUGCAAUAUUUUUCCUUCUUGUUGUUGUCAUUCUUUCUUUUAUUUUACUUUCUUUCUUUUCUUUCUUGCUUUCUUAUUCUAGUGACAUUUUUCUUCCUUCUCCUUUCUUUCAUUUGCUGGUCAUUCUUUCUUUCAUUUUAUUUUCUUUCUUUUCCUUCUCUCUUUCUUAUUUUAAUGCCAUUUUAUUCUUCAUUUUGCUGUCAUUCUUUCUUUCUUUUAUUUUAUUUUCUUUCUUUCCUUUCCUUUUCUCUUUCUUAUUUUAGUGUCAGUUUUCUUCAUUCUCUUUGUCAUCAUUCUUUCUUUCAUUUUACUUUUCUCUUUUCCUUCUUUCUUUUCUUUUCUUUUUUCUUUCUUUUGUGCCAUUUUUCUUCGGGCUUUUUAUGGCUUUCAUUUCUUUCUUUUACUAAUUUUUACAUUCUUUCAGUUUUCCAUUCUUUUAUGUAUUUUCCUUAUUUUAAUUUUUAUUUUUGGCUUAUCUAUCUUUAUUCUUAUUUUUAUACUCAUUCUUUUUUCUUCCUUAUUUUAGUAUUUUUAUCUUUUUUCAAAUUUUCUACUUUUUCUUUUGUUAUUUUUGUCCUCUUCCCACUUUAUAUUUCUUUUGUUUCAUUUUAUUCUUUCUUUCCCUCUUCUUUACAUUCUUCUGGUUUCUUUUUUUUUUCAGCUCCUUCCAGCUUUCUUCUCCUUUUCUUUCUUUAUCCAUUUCUCUUUUUCACUACUUCUUUCUCUCUUCCUCUCUAA